GUCACAUCUCAUCGCCUCGCCUCAAAACCCACCCCGCGAUCAAAGAUGCCUCCCAAAGGCUCCACCAUCCACCCGCCCAAACCGCCCGCGGACGCGCCGCCGACAGCGGCCAGUAUCCAGAUGAAGGCGAACAGCGUAGGGAUGGGAGAGUACGAAUUGCCAAAGACGACAUUGACCAAGCUUGCCAAGGGCUCUAUUCCGGAUAAUGUGAAAAUGCAGCAGGAUGUGGUGUUGGCGCUUUUGAGAGGAUCGACAUUGUUCAUCAGCUAUCUCACUGCGGCGGCGCACGACCAGGCGAUAGCAAGGAGUGGAAGGACGGUAACGGCAGCGGACGUUAUCAAGGCUAUCAUAGAGAUGGAUUUCGGACCUGCGGACGCGUUGGUUCCGAUUAUGGAGCAAGAGCUUGCGGCUUUCCGGAACAUUCAGCAAAGAGCGAAAGCGGCAAAGAAACCGCCUGGGCCGGGACGUGGUCGUGGGCCGAGGAAAUCGGCGGCGUCGACGAGGGCGGGUGAGGAUGGGGAUAUGGCAGAGACGGAGGGUGAAGCAGCGGUGGAGGGCGAGGGGGACGAGGAGGAAGAAGAGCAAGAAGAAGGGGAAGAGGACGGUCUGGUGGCGGGUGAGCAGGACGAGGCUUGAUCCGGACAUUGUACAGAAUAGAGUUUGUAUUCCUGCAUGCGGUAUGUACGUCUACUUGGCCCGCCUAUCCACCGU